UAAACCUUGACAAUCAGGUCAAAAGAGCCCAGGAUUCAGCUCCUUACAGCAGAGGGAGUGCUUUGGCUGCUCUGUCCCAGGUCCUGGAACCCAGGGUACCCCUGCUGUUGAUUUGAUCCCUCUCUUCUUUCUGUCCCUCCAGAUGUUUUGCCUGUUGCUUUUGACCCUUCCCCUCCUGGGAAACUCAGACCUGUUUUUAAGGGCUUAAAAUACCUCAAAUUUCAUGGUCCAAUUGAGGCAACAGAAUCUAUAUGAAAAGGACAACCUGCUUCCCCUGGCUCAGACCUUCACCUCAGACAUGGAAUGCUGGGUGACUGGCUGGAGGAACACUGAUUCUGGAGGGUGGCUCUGGGGGACCCUUGGCCUAUACAGGGCUCCUGACUCCAGGCUGGAAUGAUGUUUACUCUGCUGCUCCUGUCCCUUCCCCUCUUGGGGAACUCAAUUCCAAUGAUUCAAGACAGGGAACAGGUUGGCAUUGUUGGGGGUGUGGAGACCAGAGAAUGGGAGUUUCCAUGGCAGGUCUCCAUGAGACUGUUUAACACCACAAACAAAUCCUGGAUGCAUCGUUGUGGUGGUUCCCUCAUUGGACUCCGGUGGGUCCUGACUGCUGCCCACUGCAUUAAGAAAACGCGACCAGAGCCCACAAACUAUAUGAUAAAUUUGAGACAACAGUAUCUGUACAAAGGAGACAGGCUUUGGCCUGUGGAGAAGAUUAUCAUCCAUCCAAACUACGUUAAAUUUAAUGUAGGGGCAGAUAUUGCCCUGUUAAAGCUGAAGUUCCCAGUAACUAUCUCCCAAAAUGUCAAAAUCAUCCGCCUCCCUGCUGCCUCACAAAAGUUCACCCCAGAAAUGGAGUGCUGGGUGACUGGCUGGGGGAAUAUCAAAUUUAAAGUGCCUCUGCCACGUCCCUACAGCUUGAGAAAGGUGCAGGUCCCUGUGAUGAAUAGCACUGCCUGUGACAAGCUAUACCAUAAAGGAUCCAACGUUAGUCCUUCCGUUAAGAUAAUUUUUGACGACAUGCUAUGUGCUGGUGAAACUAACAAGGGCUCAUGCCAGGUGUUUUUCCUGCUGUUCCUGACCCUUCCCCUCCUGGGGAACUCAGUCCCAGUGGCUCAAGACAGGGACCAGGUUGGCAUUGUUGGAGAUGAGGAGACCAAAGUUGGAGAGUUUCCAUGGCAAGUCAGUCUGAGAGAAUAUAGGAAAAGCUACUGGAAGCACAUGUGUGGUGGUUCCCUCAUCAGACCCCAGUGGGUCUUGACUGCUGCCCACUGCAUUGGCAGAUGGCUAACAAAACCCUCAGAUUUUAUGAUAAAUCUGAGAGAGCAAUAUCUGUACUAUGAGGACAUGCUUAGGAGAGUGGACAAGAUCAUUGUCCAUCCAAACUAUGUGGAUAUAAUACGUGGUGCAGAUAUUGCCCUGCUAAAGUUGAAAACCCCAGUGCAACCAUCCAAAUAUGUCAACUUCAUUGACCUUCCUCCUGCCUCACAGAACUUCACUGCAGACAUGGAGUGCUGGGUGACCGGCUGGGGGGAUACCAAAUCAGGAGAGUCUCUGCCACCUCCCUACACCCUGAGAAAAGUGCGGGUCCCUGUGAUGGAUAAUAUUGCCUGUGACCAACAAUACCACAAAAGGUCAAUUACUGGUUUAUCCACUAAGAUAAUUCUUGAUGAUAUGCUAUGUGCUGGUGCUCCUAAAAAGGACUCCUGCCAGGGUGAUUCUGGUGGACCCCUAGUUUGCAAAGUGAAAGACAAGUGGCUUCAGGCUGGGAUUGUGAGCUGGGGAGAUGGCUGUGGCAUUGUCAACAGGCCUGGAAUUUACACUCGAGUCACUACGUAUUUGGACUGGAUUAUCAAAAAUAUGAAAUGAUUUUCUGUCCCAAUUUUUUAUCCUCUUAUUUUUGCCCAGCACCUAUUCUAGUUUUCACUUGAGACCCAAUGUCUUUUGGGAAAGCAGUAAAACCCUGCCCCAUAUUUUCUUUGUACCCAUCCACUCUGGAUCCAUGACUUUCCUGAGUUCAUUUACAAAUUCCUCUUUUCCUCAGGGAUCCAUCCUAUUUUGCCCUUCUCAAUGAUGUGGAAACAGCAUGGUAGAGGUCAGAGUCCUAAUGUAGGAUUUGAGAUGGUAAUAUUGCAUUAGGACUACUUGAGUGUCGUAGGCCCUAUCACAUUCGUAUUGGGGCUUCAUUUUUUCCCCUCUGUAAAUAGUCAACAUGGAAGUAGUCCUUUUCUUGGUGUGUUGUUUUGUGCUUCCAAGUUUUCUACUUUUUCGACACCUGAGAGAACAUGGAGAAUGGGAAGAGAGAUGAAAGGAGGCAUUUUGUAUACCACCAUGUUCAUAACUCAUUAAAUGUUGCUAAUUCUUCUCGGUGUGGAAUCGGUUUUUUC